AUGACUGACUUUACAAGAACCAUUAAACGAAUUUUCCGUAAAUGGACAACUAAAGAUGGAAUAAUUGGUGAUUACGACUAUAAAUACUUGUUUACCCCAGAAAUACCCUUUGUUUCUAAAGAAGCUAAAGUACAACCCUUUUUUGGGUUGAAUUCAGAUAUGCCACUUUUGUUGGGGGCUAUAUUGGGAUUACAACAUGCAUUGGCAAUGAUGGCUGGUUUGGUUGUUCCUCCUGUUUUGAUUAGUGUGUCGGCAAAUUUACCAACUGAGACACAAGAGUACUUGGUCAGUACUUGUUUGAUUGUUUCUGGUAUUUUGUCGAUAAUUCAAAUUACUCGUUUUCAUAUCUAUGGUACUCCAUAUCAUAUAGGUACAGGGUUAUUGUCGGUGGUUGGUCCUUCAUUCGCUACGAUUACAGUCACUUCGAGUGCAUUCCCUAUGAUGUAUGCUAAUGGUACUUGUCCUGUUGCAGCUGAUGGUACUAAAUUACCUUGUCCUGAUGGAUACGGUAUGAUUUUAGCUACUGGUAUUGUUUGUGCCUUGUUGGAAAUAUUGUUGUCAUUUUUACCAGCCAAGAUUCUUCAAAAGGUUUUCCCCCCAUUAGUUACUGGACCAGUUGUUAUGUUGAUUGGUAUUCAUUUGGUUGAAACUGGUUUGGAAGAUUGGGUAGGUGGAUCAAGUUGUGUUGAUGAUACUUGUACAAUGGGCAAAUUCUCCAAACCUUGGGGUUCAGCAAACUUUGUUGGGCUAGGAUUUCUAGUUUAUGUGUCAAUUAUUUUGGCAGAGAAAUUUGGAUCACCAAUAAUGAAGAGUUGUGCUGUUAUCUUGGGAUUACUUAUUGGAUGUAUUGUUGCUGCUGCUUGUGGAUAUUUUGAUUCCAGUCAAAUCGACGCCGCUAAAGCAGCAAGUUUUAUUUGGGUCAAAACUUUCAAAUUGAAAGUAUACGGACCAAUUGUGUUGCCAUUCUUGGCAGUCUACUUGGUGUUGAUGAUGGAAGCAAUUGGUGAUAUAACGGCAACAUCAGAUGUAUCUCGUUUAGAAGUUGAAGGUGAAGUUUAUGAAUCAAGAAUUCAAGGUGGCUUAUUGGCAGAUGGAUGCAAUGGUAUAUUAGCAGGUCUAAUGACAGUUACUCCCAUGUCAGUUUUUGCUCAAAACAAUGGUGUUAUUGCUAUUACUAAAUGCGCUAACAGAGCCGUUGGCUACUGGUGCGUGUUCUUUUUAUUGGUUAUGGGAAUCUUUAGUAAAUUUGCUGGUGCCAUUAUAUCCAUUCCAAAGCCAGUAUUUGGUGGUAUGACUUCAUUUUUGUUUUGUUCAGUAGCUGUGUCUGGUGUUAAGAUUAUUUCUGGAACCGAAUUUACCAGAAGAGAUAGAUUUAUCUUGACUGCAGCAUUGGUACCUGGAUUGGGGUCAACCUUGGUUUCAGAUUGGUUUAGUCAUGUUUUUACUUAUUCCGGUGACAACCAAUCAUUAACUGGUUUCUUUGACGCUAUUGUAUUAGUGAUGGAGACUGGAUUUGCCAUUACUGGAUUCAUCGGAGUCAUAUUGAACUUAGUCUUACCACAAGUUCAUGAUGAUGUUGAAGAAAUUAACGAAUUGAUUUUGGAAACUGUUGGUUCUGCAGAUGAACAUGCUAGAGAAGAGUAUGCUAGAAAAGAAGGAAUUUCACUUGAACAAUUAAAAAGUCAGUUAUCUAAUCCACAUGCUCAAAAUGUCACUAGCCUAAGGUCUUCUGAUGGAAUCCCUGAUUUGCCAUAUCCAAAUCAAAAAUAG